CGCAAGAUGGCCGACGUCGCUUGAAAGUAUGUUCCUCUCCUCAACAUGAAGUCGUGAGUGAGAAAGAGAGCGAGGGAGACAAAGUUGGGGUUUUAUUUUUAUUUUAUUUUAGUUAUUUUACUUUAUUUUUUUCUUAAUCACCCAUCUCAUUCCGCAUCGUGUCUGCCCCCAAUUUGUCUUUUCUAGCGAGCUAGUUGACGCGUCAAUCACGCCGGGACCUUAGCUAGCUAACCAGCUAAGUUAGCUAGCUAGUUUGUUACUAGCAGAAGGCAUUUAACUAACGUUAAUGUUGGCUAGUCAGCCUUCAGCAUAAUUUGUCGAUAAUCAAAGGGUUGCAUGGUUUUCUUUAAGGUCAAAAUUACCAUUGUGGUGUGAACGACUUAGCUAUGUUUGGGAACAAAUGCGUAGAAAUUGCUCCGCAAAUGUGUAGCCAGUUUGCUAGCAAGUGGGAUUAUAUUUGUGGUGUUUGAGACAUUGUCGAUAUCAUAACUGUUACUUAGCUAGCUUGCGCGCCGUUACUAGUUAUUGUAACAUUGUUGUGCAAGUUUGUAUUUGUUCAGAUAGCAACACUGUAAUUGAUCGAAAAAGUUAAUCUGGUAGUUGUGCUAUAGUCAUUCUGGCAGCCCACCAAAAUAUACCGAAAGGAAUGGACACACCAUUGCACUCUUACGACCAAAUUUGAAAAAUUGCUACAGUUAUUCUGCUGUAGUUGGCAAGGUACUGGUCAACGUGUAACUGGCUGUCAAGUUUUAUAACAUAGUUUGCUAACUGUAAACAGAUUCUUCAUUUAAAGAAGACAAGCAUUACUACGUUGGUUACUGCAUCUUCAACUUCACAUUGCACGAUCCCACAUUGAUCGUUUGCACAGGAAUUAAGUAACGUUAAACAUUGCAAUGGGAAUUCAAGGUUUCCAGGAGUAUCUCGAGAAGCGUUGCCCGGGAGCUGCUGUUCCCGUAGACCUCCUUAAACUCGCCCGAACAGCAGCCCGGCAACCCCCUCACCACCACCACCACCACCACCAUCAUCAUCCCCAUCACCCAAGCUCUCUGCCUCCACCACCUCCGCCGGCUCGAAUUCUGGUGGAUGCCGACUCUGGCCUGCAACGUCUGUAUGGCGGCUAUCAGACAGAUUGGGUAUGUGGAGGCGAGUGGAACGCGAUGCUCGGUUAUCUGGCGGCUCUCUCGCAGGCCUGUUUGUAUCAGGGAGGCCUGGAGCUAGUAGUGAUUUUCAACGGCACACUCGGAAAAGAUCGCUGGCCGGAGUGGGCGCGGCGGUCGCAGGGGCAGCGGCAGACUGCGCAGCUCAUUGUCAACCACGUCGGCAGCAAGGCCACGCCGCCUCCGCGGGCCUGGUUCCUGCCCCCGGCUUGCCUUAGCCACUGUGUCCGCCUCGCCAUGUUCCGCUUCCGUGUGCGGGUGGUUCAGACUUUGGAGGACCACCAUCAGGAGGUGCUGUCCCUGUACAGGGACUAUGGUUUUCACGGCCUGAUCGCGCAGGACUCAGAGUUUGCUCUAUGCAAUGUCCCAGCCUACUUCAGCUCACACGCUCUCAAGCUCUCCUGGAAUGGCAAAAACCUGACCACUCACCAGUACCUGCUCUCUGAGGCCGCCCGCCAGCUUGGCCUCAAGACCCAGCACCUGCCAAUGUUUGCUGCUCUGCUUGGUAACCACAUUUUGCCAGAUGAGGACUUGGCUGCCUUUCAUUGGAGUCUUUUGGGCCCAGAACACCCUCUUGCCUCUCUCAAGGUGAGGGCCCACCAGUUGGUGCUCCCGCCUUGCGAAGUCGUGAUUAAGGCUGUGUCUGAGUAUGUAGCGUCCAUCAAAGACCUUGGGAAUCUGGAUGCAGUGGCCAGGGAUGUGUUCAAACAGUCCCAGUCUCGAAUGGAGGAUAAGAUAGAGCGCUUUAAGAAGGCAGUGGAGUACUUUUCAAUGGCCAGUAAACCCAGACCUCCUUCUAUGGGACCCUCUCCUUAUCCCUUCCCAGGCUUCGGACCUGGUCAGUUUGGUGGACCUCCAGGCCCCAUGGGGAACAUGCCGCCUGGAAAAGCCCCGUUUGGCCCACCUCAGAUGUCGGGUGUAAAGGUGCCUUAUCCCGGGGCGCCCUAUGGACCUGGUUCUGGUCCCGGACCUGCCCUGCUAUUCCCGAACCCGCCUCCUCCUUUACAUGACUGUAACGAUUCGUUAGUUGGGAAAAUGGGCUUUUCUGAUUGGUCGGCUCCUUAUGAUUCCACUCAAGGUGGCAGCAGACUGCCGAAUCACCACACAGCUGCUCCCUCGGGCACCUCCCCCUCUCCUUCGUCCUCCUCAGAUGGGGAGGAGCAAAAUGACACCAGCACAAACCAUUUAGCGGACAAAGGCUCCAGGUGGGAGGACUCCUCUGGCCGUGGGGGUGGAGCUUCAGGCGAUGGUCCACACGGCAACGGGAGCGGGCCUUCGAUCCCCUCGCUGCUCUCCAUGGCGACGCGCAGUCACAUGGACAUCACCACGCCACCCUUGCCACAGGUCAGCGCGGAGGUGCUGAGGGUGGCGGAGCACAGACACCGGAGGGGCCUCAUGUACCCACAGAUCUACCACAUCCUCACCAAGGGGGAGAUGAAGAUGCCGGUGUGCAUUGAGGAUGAGUGCAACCCCGACCUUCCCCCCGCCUCGCUGCUGUUCCGUUCGGCGCGGCAGUACGCCUAUGGGGUUCUGUUUAGCCUGGCUGAGACCCAGCGGCGGGCCGAGAGGCUGGCCAUGCGCAAACGCGCCCCAGUGGAAGUGCCCCCGGUGAUCGUGAAGGAGUGGUGCGCCAGCAAAGCCAAGUCGGCCUUGACCCCGGAGCUGGUCCCGGCGCUGUGCUUCCGGGAGUGGACCUGCCCCAACCUGCGGCGCCUGUGGCUGGGCCGGGCCUCGGAAGACCGGAGCCGACGCACGCGCGCCUUCCUGGCCUGCAUGCGCUCGGACUGCCCCGCCCUGCUCAACCCUGCCCUCGUGCCCUCGCACCUGCUGCUCAUGUGCUGUGUGCUCAGGUAUAUGAUGCAGUGGCCUGGUGGAAGGAUCUUGCAGAGACAUGAGUUGGAUGCCUUCCUGGCUCAGGCCGUCUCCAACCAGCUGUAUGAACCGGACCAGCUCCAAGAGCUCAAGGUGGAGAAGGUGGAUAACCGGGGGGUGCAGCUGGCCUCGCUGUUCAUGAGCGGCGUGGACACGGCUCUGUUUGUCAACGACGUGUGCGGGCAGCCGUUGCCAUGGGAACACUGCUGCCCCUGGGGCUUCUUCGACGGGAAGCUGUUCCAGAGCAAGCUAGCGCGCUCCACACGAGACAGGGCUGCCCUGCUGGACAUGUGCGAGGGACAGGAGGAGUUGGUUUCUCGGGUGGAGAAGAUGCGUCAGGCCAUCUUAGAGGGCAUCAACCUGUCCCGACCGCCUCCCCCUCCCCCACCCAUGCCCCCUCCUGCCUUCCUGCCUCCUGCCAUGGUGCCCCCUUUCUACCCCAUGCACCCCAUGUACCCACCUCGGCCACUGGGGGCCAUGCCCCCUCCACACCACCCGCAUCACCCCCACCAGCACAGGCCUCGAGCUUUCCCAGGUAUCCAGUCCAUACCUCCCCAGGGAGGCAAGUUGGAAAUAGCCGGCAUGGUUGUGGGCCAGUGGGCUGGGAACAAACCAGUGCGUGGAAGAGGGGGGUUCAACAUGCAGGUGGUCUCUGUUGGAGGAGGAAAAGGAAGGGGUAAAGAGGUCAUCCCAAAAGGAAGGGGAGGGAAGAAGGCUCCCACCACCAACAGAACACAGACCUUGUCGUCAUCGCCGCCCCCCAGCAGCUCCCCGAAGUUGACGGAGGAGGCCAAUCCGGGGGCCGCGCUGUCCCCCGUACCUGCGGAGGGUGCAGUGACGGCGCCCCAGCAGCUGAAUGGCAGCUCCCCAGGAACAGCCAUUGUGCAGCCCCUGGACCUGCCACCUCUGGCCCAGCCAAUCCAGUGUGCCUUAGCCAGCAGAGACAACCAAUCAGGAGAUGGGGUUGAGGUAGAGGCCCCUUGUUGCCUUGAUGACUGCCCAUCUGAGGGUGCACUACAGAAGGAGGAGUAAAAAAAAAAGAAAGAAAAAUAGAAUCUCCCGAUAAUGUAACGGAAGUAAUCGAAAGUGGUGGAGAGAGUGAUGCGUGUUAGACUGCCUUUCCUUGCAAAAAUCCUAAAUCCAAGGGGCCGCAGUAGCCAGUUUUAAUUUCCCUGUCGCGAAUCGGUUUAAUUUAUGAUUCUACAUUUGCUAGAGACCACACAUUUGGGCGUGUGUUGAGCAGUGGUCCACUUGUCACCUGUGUAUCCGGCAAUUUGAUUUCCUUGUUAAGCAGUGCUGUCCCCCACAAGACCUUCACACGCAUUGUGCUCUGAAAUGUACAGCCUUGGGAGAAGUCCUCUGCUGCAACCCCCCACCUCCACCCCAACUGCAUCAGUGUGCUUGCAUUGUGACCAGCUGCGGUUUUAUUGCUUUUUUUUUAAAUUGCCUGUUCUGUCCCCUUAACAUUGUGAACAAGUCACUGUCAGUUUUGAGUGUUCAGUUGCCAGAAUAGGCUACAGCUGCCCCUGUUUUCCCAAAGCACCAUAUUUUGUUAUGUUCUGUUUUUAUUUUGGGUGUCUUUUUAAAAAGAAAAAAAGAGAACUUCACCCACUAAGGAAAUUGCCACGUGACGUCUAAAGUGCAUUGCAAAAACGUUCUAGCUUAGAGCGGUACAGGAUUUGCGAUUUAUAUAUCGAUUUAUAUCAGCUUUUGUGCUGCAUGAGCAAGAAUGGCACACAGUUGGUGGCCUCUCUGUUUCCCGCAGCCACACAUGAAACUGUGGACUAGUGUAAAGUGACCUCACCCCUCUUACAGAGACGUGAGCUAGCGACUCUGAGUUGGUCAAGCAUAGUGUGUCAUUCCUUUGUGUCACCCUGUGUGUGAGUGUGUGUGUGUGUGUACCUACUACUGUACAUUCCAACUCAGAGGCCAGCCAGCCCCGUUUCGUAGGAUAUCUGAUGUGCUGUUGAUCACUGAGGUCGUCUUUUGACAGAGAGACUAGGUUAGGAAUGGGGGGUUGGGGUGGGAAAAGCACUACAAGCCCAGUCCUUUUGUAUAUCCCCUCUAAACAGCUGCCUGGGGACAGUCCUCCUCUCUGUGACAUAUGUUUUUAUUAUUAUUUUUGUUUUGGUUUUUCUUCUUGAAACCCUUUGCCUAGCAUUGCACUGCCACAGCCCCAGAGCACUCUGGUUGGUACCAACUCUGUGCGCUGCUCUAAACAGAAAAACAAACAAGUCCAAAAGAAACAGAGAAAGCACCUUACGGCACCCCCACCCAAACAAAUAUAUAAGAAUUAUGCAAGCCCCCUAACCCCACCCUUGAAAUCCAAUUGUAUUUUUCCAUCGCUGUCCCCCAAAAGAAAAGAUUUAUUGAUUGUAUGUCAACAUAAUGGCACUUAUUAUUUAUUUAUUGUAUGAAUUAGGACUGUACAAAUGCUUUAAAAUUCUUUGGAAGAGCUCCCAGCCUUUUAUGAGUGUCAGUGGACAUAUACCGGCGGCCCGGUGGUUGUGGUUUCUGACAGUCAAACUGUUCAGAAAUGAAUCCUCCUUUCCACCACCCCAACCCACUCCUUUGUGUCUGCAUGACGUGUGUGCAUGUAGUCUGACCCAUUUGAAUGUGAGAACAGAGUGCAAGCCAAGGAGCCAAGCUUUGUUUUAAAAACAAAAAAGAAAAAAAAAACUGUCAGCGGUCCUCUCCCCUGUGUAAUGCGCCAACCUGGCUUAACCAACUAAACAAAAAAAUUAAAGAAAAAAAAGACAGCAUCUUUGAGUUAGAGGAGAACAUCAGUGGAGGCAGAUGCUCAAACUUAAAAAAGUAUAUAUCCAGUCAAUGUCAUUGUAGUUAUGUAUGUGUAUAGUACACAUAGAUUUAUAUAUAUAUACACCCAGCGUGAGGGAUCGCAGUGCUCUCGUACGAUGUUAGUGGAGUUGUUUUAUCAAUGGUUGGGAAUACAAAGUGCCCCUGUUGAUCUGCUAAGAGGCCCCAUCCUGAGCGUCACUUCUGUUUUGCCAAUGAGACACCAUCUGCGAUCCGUCGACUUCUUUCUUUCCUCUGGCCAUCAGCACUUGAUUUGUGCCUAACCAGCAUUCCCAACCAUUGCUGAAAUUGUUUAUCUUUUUUUUUUCUUUAUUAUUAUUAUUAUUAUUAUUACUAUUAUUUCAAAAUGAAGAUGAUAUGACUCGAAAUGACGGUGAUGUUUUUACCUUUAUCACCAUCAAAAACAAGACACCCCUGUCCCCCCUUGUGCUUGUGCCUCUCCAUACCCUUGUGACCAUGCGCUGUAGCUCUUCAGUUGUUGUGGCCGUAAAACUCGUUGUGCACCUUUAUAAAAUUGAAAUGAAAUUUUAAAAAAAGAAUAAAAACCAUGAAAACAGAAAGCACUUCUGCUAAACAUUAAAACAAGACACUUUUAGUCCUUUUUGGGGACAUGCCCUACUUUGCAGAAAAAGAACCCUUUUUACUUAAUUACCAACCUUUGAUUUAAUGGAUUUUGAAUUUGUGUUAUUGUUUUAUUGUUGGGUGUAGCAACAGAAGGAGCAGGCCUACAUUGUGAUUUGGAAAGUCACUUUAAGUGGACAUACAUGUAUAUGCAUGGAUUUAUAGGCAGGCCAAUCAAAAUCAAAUAUACAGCAUGUAGUAUAAGCCCUCGGUAAAUUAAACAUAAAAUAAACAAAUUCGCACAAAGGCAAGUCACUGACAAGCACCUUAUUUUAUUACAAUAUUAAAUAAUCUAUCUUGUUGUGCCACAAAAAAAUCUAUAUGAAAAUGCUAUAUAAAGCAAGGUGUGACAGAAACCCUUAAUAUUUAAGUGUUGAUGUAUGUUGUUAAUGCUCUUUCCCCUGUGGGAUGUUACCCUUCCCCCAUGUCAUGUGUUGCUACACUGAUACACUUUAAAAAGCCCCUUUCAGUGUAUUCAAUUGAUGAGGCAGGAGUUCAAAUAAGGGUUUGCAAUUGAUAGGUUUUAUAAUAGGAUUUAAAUAUUACAAAAAAGUGCAAAAGUCUACGUUUCUUAGAGAAGGAGCUUGUAUAUGACAGUACUGGACAUACUUCACAGUUCUGCAGUAAGAGAGCCAGACUAAUCUAGACAGUAGCAUGACGGACUGUAUACUAAGACUAGUGUUGUACGGUAUACACAAACCUAACUGCGAUGAACGUGGCCCUUAGGACAGGAUGUUUAUUGCAUUUCAUUGUAAAAUGGUGGACAGCAGUGCUUGUGUGAAAAUGGAUGUUUUCGUCGUUUCUCAAGCACAUGCAGAGACCACACUUGCACACAAACACACACAUUUAAAGUGAGAGAGAGACACACACACACACAAAGUGCACACACAGUCUCAUGUACGCCUACACACAUACACACACACUAAAAUUUCAGUUAAGUUCAGCUCAUCAUGUUAUUCUCUCCAUUUUGUGAUAUUAGGUGACAGUGCGUUUUCAGUCAGUUCUCUGAAUGCAGGCGGUUAGUGGUGAAUAUUGGACACAUAUACUGAUUCAUUUGAUCUGGAUGUAGAAUGAUGUAACAUGCAUGUGCUCCCUCAGUUUUGGAGCACACACACAUAAACAUAUACAGACAUGUUCACAUUUGGUGUUUUGCGCUUAGAGACACUAGCUAGCAUAAUUUUAAGAAAUCACAUUCACUUACACAGGUGGUGUAUUGUCCAGAAUGUUGUCAUUUUUGUUUUAGUUGAUUAUUUCAAUGUUUGAUUAGUGAUUAUUGUUAUUAUGUUUUGGAUUUCUAUUUAUCCUCUCCCAAACUACUACUUUCUUUUAAUUUCCUAACAUUUUCUCCCCAUUUAAGAAUUCAUUUCUAACCUGCUCACUCUUGAGUUGAAUUGAAAAAAGUAAAUUACUUUCUUUUACAUGCUAAAAUUGGCGCGAUAAUAGUUGGAUUAUAGUAAUAUGGUGUUAUCGCGUUCUAAUCAUUUAAACUAGCUUCGGUGUGUCAUAAACAAUAAUUCCCUGUUCCCUCAUGCAACCCCUUGAUUCAUUGAGUGUAAGCACCUAUUUGCAGAGCAUAGCUCUACCACCCUGUCAUCUGGACAGUGUACACCAGGGAUUGGUGAUUUGAUCAUCUCCGUAGUCCUGAAAGACUCAAAUCUACUUGUCCUCACUCACACACAAUCCUUCGCUAUAGUGCGGUCUGUCACUUCAGCCAGUUUGAAAUAGUGAUAGUUCUAUCUUUGUCAGACCCCACGUCACCCUAAUCGUGAUACCGUGUAUCUAUUUACUUCUAUCUUUUCUCUGUUUCCAUUGGUAUAUCCAGGCCUCUCUCUUUCCUUGACUUCAGUACUAUAACCUUAACCCACUAUACUAACAGUAAGAGUAAUAUUAACAUUGAUAACCAGUCUGUAUGUAACCGUAGCCAGAACAUGGGAAAAAUGUAUUUUCAGCAGAACAAAAAUAACAUCCCUCUAUGGUUUUUCAUUCAGUUGUGCAAAAUGCUUUUCUUACUAUUUUCUAAUGUUAUUACAAACUGCUACUACUCCUACUGUUCCUACAGUUAGUAAUCAGAUACGCUUAGCAGAUAGAUAUUUUCAAAACUGUAAUGAUUGCAAUUUUCCUUAUUUGUAUUUUGUAUGGUAUUGUUUCUGACCACUUCACCAUUAUGAUGUAACUAUCGCCCAGCUAAAUUGAGAUUCCCAUUCGUUUUGUUUCUUCAGACCAUUUGCGAAUAUCUUUUUUUUUUUUUUUUUUUUUCCAGCCUUGAAUAUAGUUAAGUCUAUUUUGUUCAGGCUGAACCUUGCACCCUUGCACAAAGCAGAAGAAACUAUCUCUACAACUGAACCAAAGUGCAUACUUUUCUUAUCUAUUGGUGUCGGCCCAAAAUUAGAUACAUUUUGUUAUUUCAAAAUCUAUAUGGUAUAUAUAUAUAUAUUUACAUUUAUAUAGAGAUGUGAAAGACAUAUUAUGGGUCCAUGACAAGAAACCGCAUGAAGGAAACUUGUGAUGUUUACAUCUUUUUGGUGAAAAGUGGCCAAGUCUUGUAUCGUCCAAUUUCAUUGCUAAGAAUUAAGAUGAUUUCUUUUUUUUUUGUCAUUAUCCUCUUGUGAGUGAACACAGGUCUCAAUACAGACAAGUACCAACAUCUGCCUCUCACUUGCUUAUCAAACAUACCCCUCCGCUCUAAAAGCACACCUAUGUUAACGUCACACAUUCAUGUUCAGUGCUGUAAAACAAACUCUAAAGAUAUUCUUGGGCACAUACACUUGUUCAUGGUCACACAUGCGCACACACACACAAACACACAGACACACACACACACACACACACACACACACACACACACACACACUUAGUGAGUUGAGCAAUGCCCUUUGUUUUCUGUAGUUGUGUGUGGGAGAUGUUUUUGGUGUAGCCUCAUCCGUGAACCUCCUUUCCCCAUGCAAACCCCGACUCUGUGGGUCCUAACACUGCAGGACCAGCUUUCUGCUCUGUACCUGCCUUUUCAGAUUUUAAGCCUAUGAUGAAGUGUUGUGUACUCACCCACCUACCUUCCAGAUGUUCAUGUGGUCUUUGCCUCAUCACAGCACCCUCCUCCCCCUCCCAUGUUUAUUUUUUGUCGUUAUUAUCAUUAUUUGGGCGGAUAAAUUAGUGUAUGACCCAUUUGUAGGCAACACAUAUUGUCGUCUGUAAUUGGAAGAGUGAUCCGUUCAUCAGAACUGGUGUUCUGAUGUAUGUAUCAAAUUCUACCAACGAGCUUGUGUAGUGAGAGGUUAUCUCAUUGUCAUCAUUAUAAUUAUUGCUGUUAUGAUUCAGAUUGAUAUUAACAAGUCUCAUUUUUAGUAUAAAGAAAGCACCAGAUGGUUUUGGAAAGAAACUUUUUUUUUUUAUUAUUUGUCUUGCUGUUGUGGUCUGAUUUCACAGUGGAUGAGGAGGAAAGCCUAUGAGGCUAUGAGGGAAAGAGAGAAAGAGAGAGAGAGAGAGAGAGAGAGUCAAAGUCGGCAGUCUUGUUUGUACGGUUGGGAAAUGACUUACAGUGCUGAAAUAAAUUUUAUUCUUUUA